AUGGUUGGAGUGCUUACAAAGCUGCGGAAGUUAGAGCUACGGGAGAACUGUCUCAACACCCUGCCGAAGUCGUUUGCCCAACUCUCCAGCCUCGAGUUUCUCGACCUGGGCGGAAACGAAUUUGCCAGUGUGGGGGAGAUGCUUGUAGUACUUGUUACGGCUGCGAUCAUGACUGAUAUAGCCGGCCUCGAUAAUGUCCCGUGCGGUGCUUCUCCACGCGUAACGAUCUGUGGCCGCAGACCUGGACAGUUCAAGCCAUUCUCAUCACCAGCACCGGAGACCGAAUACGGAAGGUCCAAGAACCACUUGCAUGUCUUGACGGACUAA